AUGAUUAAUCAGAUUAAGGAUGGCCAAUACACAUUAACGGUAUACAGAUAUCUAUGCAUGAAGAAGUAUUCAGAAGCAAUUUCUAUUUUAUCCUAUCAACGAUUUAUCAAUCCGACGUCCCGAGCAGCACUCUCUCUUUUGGCUUACUGCUACUUUCAAAUGCAUGAUUUUGUUCAAGCUUCCGAUUGCUUUGAACAACUCACCCAACUCUGUCCGGAUAACUCCACAUAUCGUCUUCAAUUUGCUCAUUGUCUACACCGAGCUGGCCUUAAUGACGUUGCCCUUAAAAUAGCCUCUUCAUUGGCCGCUAAAAUCACCGAAUCGCAGUCGGGAGCUGAGAAUUUUCAGCGAAAUCGAAUUUCGAAGUUGCAAGCUGCAAUUUGUUUUGAUAUUGGCGACAUUCCAGGUGCUUCUUCUUUUGUUCAACAAUGUGCGGAUGAUGAUCCAGAUAUCAUUAUUAACACUGGCUCUCUUCUAUAUCAGGAGGGUAAAUAUAAAGAAGCAUGCACUCUGUUUCUGAAAGCUCUCUCGAUUGUUGGAUUUCAACCAAUCGUGGUUUAUUAUGUAGCACUUUGCUACUAUAAACUGAAGCUAUACACUCAGGCAAUGAAGUACAUUGCUGACAUUAUUGAACGCGGCAUACACACCAAUCCAGAGCUUGGUGUUGGAAUGAUAACAGAGGGUGUAGAGGUUAGAAGUGUCGGAAAUACACCCACUUUGCAUGAGACAGCUCUCGUGGAAGCUUUUAAUCUUAAGGCAGCCAUUGAGUUCAAUUUGGGUAACAUGACGUCUGCCCGAGAGGCUCUGACUGAUAUGCCGCCACGCUCCGAAAGAGAGUUGGAUCACAUAUCCCUGCAUAAUCAGGCGAUCAUUAGUGACAUGACACUGGCUCCAACCAACGCGUUUCAUAAACUCCACUUCCUAUUGCAGCAACCAGUUUUUCCUAAAGAGGCAUUCGCUAAUCUCCUUCUUCUCUACAUUAAGUAUCAUUAUUUUGACCUUGCAGCAGAUGUAAUAGCUGAAAAUAAUGAGUUAGUCCUUAAAUGCCUCACAUUUGAACUGUAUGAAUUUAUUGAAGCAGUCAUUGUGUCUCAGGAUGCACCUGAGGAAGCGUACCAGAGAUUGGAUAAAAUGGCAAGAAAAUAUACCGAACGAUUACAUCAUCACACCAAACGAAUUCAGGAGGCGAAGAAAGGAAUGGGCGAAGAUACAUUGAAGGAAGCCUUGAACGAAUAUGAAAGCGACCUUGACAGAUACAUCCCCAUUCUCAUGCAACAGGCCAAGAUUUACUGGGACACUAAAAACUAUUCACAGGCUGAGAAAAUACUUCGAAACUCGGCUGAAUUUUGCAAAGAAAACGAGACGUGGAUGUUGAAUUUGGCACAUGUUCUUUUUAUGCUGCAGUUGCAUAAUGAGGAGGAGGAAGGAGUGCACCGUGGUUAUGCUGGUUCAUUUUACGAGCCUAUUGUGCACAAUCACUUCGAGAGAUUGUUGGACGUAAGUGCAAUUGUUGUCGCUAACCUUUGUGUGGCUUACAUUAUGGCAGGGGAGAAUAGCGACGCGGAGAAAUUGAUUCGAAAGUUGGGGGAGGAGGAGGAGGAAGCUGCAGCCUACAACAACGAGGAGGAGGAGGAGGGAGAUGCCGAGAAGAAGAAGAAGAUGAUGAUGAUGAUGAAGUCAUUGCACACCUGCAUCGUCAAUCUUGUCAUUGGCACUCUUUACUGCACUCGUGGAAAUUACGAUUUCGGUAUUACUCGUGUGAUCCGAAGCCUCGAACCUUUUCAAAAGAGACUUUGUUCUGAUACCUGGUACUACGCAAAGAGAUGCUUUCUAUCGAUGAUUGAGAAUUUAGCCGCUCAUACAAUAAUGGUCAAGGAUUCUGUUCUUCUAGAUUGCAUCGAAUUUUUAGAUCAUUGCGAAAUCUAUGGAAGAAAUAUCAGUGUUGUAGCUGAUCAACCACUUGAAGGAGAAAAAAGGCAUUCGGGACAGGAAACAAUCAUCUUCGAAGCUCGCCUGCUCAAGUUCCUCCUUUUGAAGAUUUUUAACAAUUGA